AUCGAUGCCAACCAAGAAGAGAUGAAGUCCACAGUAAAUACCCUCCAAGAGAAGAUGGAUGCCUGGAGAGCAAGCAUGAGGGAUGAUCAAAAAGAGAGAAUGGUCUGCCAACAAGCAACAGAGGCCAAUCCAGAAAAGAUGGAGUCCAGAGUGGAGCACUGGGAAGUCCCUAAGGAUGAGGCCGCAGGGAAAACUUCCGUAGCAAAGAAGAAGCGGCAUAGGGGCCGGAAUCUAGCUGAAGUUAUUAGAUCCUCCAGAGAUGAAGAUAAUUUCAAGUUGGCUCUUGUUGUUCAAACAGACUUGAAGAUGGAAAAAGGAAAAGCAGCAGCUCAGUGUUCCCAUGCAGCAGUCAUGGCAUAUGAACAGGCCUUGCACCACCAGCCCGCUGUUCUCAGACUCUGGCAAGCCUGUGGACAGGCCAAGGUAGUGCUCAAAGUGGAAACAGAACGCGAGUUACUGGAGCUUGCUCACAAGGCUCGCAACCAGGGGCUCAUCACAAGUCUUGUAUGUGAUGCUGGAUGCACCCAGGUAGCUCCAGGCUCCAAAACUGUGCUGGGGAUAGGCCCUGGACCUGUCAACCUUGUGGACACAGUAUCUGGACAUCUGAAGUUGUUCUGAGGAAGAGAAUGUGUUUGUGUGUGAACUCAUGUAUCGACUCAAAAGACUGGAAAAUAGUUAUCAGCCUGAGCAACAUUC